AUGCGAUUUCAUUUUCUCAUCUUGCCGCUUGGCUCUGUCUUGGGACGGCAAGAUCCCAAUGAUGGUAUUCAUCUUGCUGUUAGUCCUCAAUGCGGUCCCCUGUCUGGCACAGCGUCGGACUUCAACGCUGGUUUAAAUCUUCCUCAAUAUAAGACCAUCGUUGCGUUUGGCGACUCAUUCACCGAUGGCGGGAGACAUGAUGGUAGCCCUCUCGAACCUGCCGUGAUGAUACCACCAGAUGUCUUCGCAGGCGGUCGUUCGACCAACGGACCCGUUUGGGUCGAGGGCAUUGCCAGUGGCAUUGGCGCCCGAGUCAUGGAUUAUGCCUGGUCAAGCGCUGUUACAAACAUCAGCUUAUGGCCUAGCAACCCAUAUCCUCGGGACUUUAUCAUGCAGACAACAACAUUCAUAAACCAAUCCAAUAACUUGGAUCCUGAGACCACUCUGUACGCGGUAUUCUUUGGAAUUAACGACUGGGGGGACUCCUUUGUGGACGGAAACCACCUGCCUGAAGCAGCGCAAGAUAUGUUAGGCCAGAUCGCCCUUCUUGCUUCUCCGCCCACAAAUGCCCGCAAUUUUCUCAUUACCGAUGCAUACGGUCGCGGGACUCAUAACGCACAGGGGGAGGCGUGGCUUCAAUCAAUUUUUGAUGGUCUCGUCGCAUUCCGCUCUCAGGAUCCUCCAUUGAAUCUGGCUUUUGUCAAUUUUGCGACCAUCUGGGACGGGGUGCUUGGAUCUGAUCCGGGCUAUGAGGCGUUUGGGUUCACAAACCCGGGUGCCUGCUAUAUUGAUGGCAACGCUUGCGAUGAUCCGGAGCAUUACUUCUGUUGGUUCGACGGGCAUCCUUCCAAACAGACCCAUAGGAUAAUGGCGGACUACGUAGAGGAGGUACUGACGCAUUGUCGCGUAUAAUUAAUCAUGUUCGUGCUCUCUGUUUUGAGCUGCAAGUCCAACAAGCAUAGAAACUCAGAACUUCCAAUGUAUGUACUAUCUUCGAGUAACAUCAUGUAGCACAAAGUAGUGUUCACCAGCAGCGCUAUCGAGCGCCAUGUAAUUGAUAGAUGUAUGUGAUUGCAAGUGGUGCCAGCAGCACACUAAAAUAUCAUAACUCGAGAGAGCAGCGGCUUUGCCCAGGCUGCGUUUUGUUCCGCAAGCUCAGUUACGCCCUGGCCAGGCAUGAA